AUGGAGCCUGGCAUGAGAAUUCAUCUUCCUGUGUCUGUGGCUGAGGCCGAGAUAAAGAAGCGGUAUGAGACCAUUCCAACUGCCACACUGCAUCCCAAUAGGGAUGAGAUUGAGUACCUGAAAAGGCUUGUCAUCUACAAGGACUCAGCCAUACUUGUGCUUAACAAGCCUCCAAAAGUGCCCAUGAAGGGGAAUUUACCAGUACAUAACAGUAUGGAUGUGCUUGCAGCAGCAGCACUGUCAUAUGGGAAUGAAGAGGGUCCAAAAUUGGUCCAUCGACUGGACAGAGAUACUAGUGGUUUGCUGUUGAUGGGAAGAACAAGAGAAAGCUUUACCCGGCUGCACUGGCUCUUCACUAGCAUCAAAUUGGCAAGAACAGCUUCGCAGAGGUACUGGGCGUUGGUCAUUGGGACCCCUACAGAGAGUGAAGGAGUUAUAUCUGCUCCUCUCACAAAGGGCAGCAGGGACCACGCAAGACCACAAGAAAACAGCUCACUUCGUUGUUCCAACAGGUGCCCUAAAAUAGGGCACCGGCAAGAAGGCAACCGUGAUGUACUUCUUGAUGAUGGAAAAGCUGAGAGGGUCAUUCUGGCGCAUCCCUCUGGCAUAGAUGGUGCACAAGAGGCUGUUACUGAGUAUCGAGUGAUGGGACCCACCAUCAAUGGCUGUUCCUGGAUUGAGUUGCGCCCAUUGACAGGCCGGAAGCAUCAGCUCCGAGUGCACUGUGCGGAAGCCUUGGGCACUCCCAUUGUUGGAGAUUACAAAUAUGGGUGGUUCGUGCACCAAAGGUGGAAGCAGAAUCCCCAACCGGACUUUGAGCCGUUCACCGGGGAACCAUACAAGCUGAGGCGGCCUGAAGGCUUGGAGGUUCAGAAGGGCAGUGUUCUCUCUAAAGUCCCUUUGCUGCACCUCCAUUGCCGGGAGAUGGUGGUCCCGAACAUCGCAAAGUUCCUGAGUAACACCGGAGAGUGGCAUGAUAAUGGCACCCCAUGGUCCAAGGAGAAGCCGAAUCUCCUAAGGUUCAUCGCACCGUUGCCCGCGCACAUGAAAAUUAGCUGGAAUAUAAUGUCUUCCUACCUGGUGUAA